UUAUAGCGAUAAUUGUGCUGUGGGACGUCGGCAUCGGAGUUUUGUAGUAACGUUACUGGCAGUGUGUCAGUCUCUGGGAAUCUCUUGGCCACAAAUAUUAUGGAUAUUUGAGAAGAGCUCAUCAUUGUUUUGGGAUUAUCUCCACUUUGUUUUCUUCCUUUAAACUUCCGCAUUGACCCGCAGACUACAGAUGCUGGGCAUCUUAAAGAAGCACCAAAACAAGCAGUUUCCAGUUUCCUAGCUAACAGGUAACGUUUAGUGAAGCUAGCUGCCUGUAGUGAAAUACCGACAGACGUCUCGGCGGCUAACGUUAGCUAUGAAUUAGCUGGGUGCCCAGUCGCACAGCUCGUAUCGAUAAUAAUGGAUAUAACGAGUUGUCUCUGCUGUUUGUAACCCAAAGAGGAAAUAACACGACCGAGACUGCCACACCUGAUUCGCCGUUUCUGGACCCAGGGCCACGUAAAAGCUGCCACAGGUGCAGCAUCCUGACCAACCAUCAGUCCGGAUUACCCUGUUUUGUGAACGCGGCCGACCUGCUGAAGUUGAUAUUUAAUAUGCACACAAAGCGAUCCGCGUCACUGGCCGCUGAUCAGCACCGGAUGGGGACAUUUGCUUGCAUUUCGAGGUUGGGAAAGAAUACUUCAAACCUGAAAAACCUCAAAAUACAAAUGGCUCUAGGAGUCUCCCUCUCGCUCAACACAUAAAAGCCACAGUUGUUCAUAUUUUUGUUGCGGUCAUAUUUAGGACGUUGCUCAGGGGAUUGUUGUGGGAGGGUGUUAUCUAAGCCUCGGUGCUCUUCGCUGGGGAAGGAAGCAGAGGGAAAGCCUAGGAAGUCCCUGGAGAAGAGCGCAAAAAGAAAACAGCCUGUAGCUGGCAGGCCAGCGCUCACAUAACUAACAGGCACGGUUCUCCACUAACAUCACGGAACAAGGAGCCCAGUGGGGGAACUGAGGUGUUGCUGCCUGCUAGUUGGGAUAAUAUCUGUUCACACGUAACCCCCAGCGUGCUUUCUCAGCGUUUUAUUUACAUGGAUGCUAAUGGAUGUUCUGCUGGAUUCUCCCUCAGACGUUUUGGAAAGACCCGCAGCAUCACCUGUUGCUUUCUGUUGUCCAAAUCCAUCCGUGGUGCAGCUGGCAGGUAAGGUGGUUUGAAUCAGCCACCGGCAGGGCUCAGGGAUGCCCCGACACAGGAAAACCAGGCUACUCCACUGGCCCGCUUACAGACUGUUGUUUCUAACACGAGUCCUGGACUGAAAGGUUCUCUACCAGAGAGCGAGCGAGAGGUUGUCAUUUUUUUAUUUACAAGACAUUUUCUAACACUGCUGCUGAUCUCCGGGUGCUUCAAACUCUAAAUUUAAGAGAAUCUCCCUACAUUUUGCUAGCACGGCUCCAAACAGCCCGUCUCCAUUUCAGGUCUUAACCUGCACUGUUUUCUAAUUUGAAGAAAGUCACAGAGGAGGGAAAAUAAAAAGCCAAGUCGGAUUAUCAUCCCAGAAUUCUUUCAAGCUCUCCUCUCCAUUUUCCCUUUUUGUUUUUUUCAGCCUCAAUUCAUUUUUUUUUGCUGUUACAAGUCCAUCUCCUACCAAACCAGGUCUACCUCUGUCAACUCUCGCACCUCACUAACCUCCCAUUCAUAAACCACUCAAAUAAAACUGGACCAGUUCACAUCAGGUGCAAGGUUAAUCAGUUUGGCUGGAGUUCUCCGAGAGAGCGCCACACCACCUCAAAACUAAACUCAACACGUUUUUAUUUAAUCAUUCCCACGAUUUUCACCGAGCCUUUAUUCACUUAGAGAAUUUCUCCUUUUAUACUGAUAUUACUCUAGAGACAUGUAAGACUGGUCAUUUUUUUCUUGGCUAGUAGUUGUAACUGAUUGAGAUGUUGGGUAGAACAGAGUCAAUCCAGUAUCAUUUAUCUCAAGCUCUGUAAAAGAUAGCUGUCUGGACACCUCUCCUAUUUACAAUCUGUGGCUGGUUUGUUGAUCCUGCCUUCCCGCCUGGGUUUUUUUUUGGCCGAGAGGAAAACACUGGCUUUUACAGCCGAGCAACUUGUAAGCUCCUUUUAAUCUCUCUCACACACAGGAGAUCAGGAUUGACCUAAGAACCUAAGAGAACAAGUGUUUGCUCCUCCUCCCAUCUUGGUGGGAAACGUAAAGAGGAAGCCCUCAACUAUCUUUUUAUCUCUCACACCUAAAUGAACACAUAACUCUGAAUGACGAAGUCCGUCGCAUAGCAGCUGCUGACCAGACACGCGCAUCUAACACAAGAAGUGAUGCCAGGUGGCAGCAGUAAGAGUGGAGGGCGGGGUCCAUCCUCGUCACCCCUUCCCCACGGCGCCGUCCCGCCCAGCAGACCCCUGCGACCCUCCCGCUAUGUCCCGGUGUCGGCGGCCACUUUCUUCCUUGUUGGCUCCACCACGCUCUUCUUCUGCUUCACGUGUCCGUGGCUUUCAGAGCGUUUCUCAGUGGCUGUGCCCAUCUACAAUGGAGUCAUCUUCCUGUUUGUUUUGGCUAACUUCUGUAUGGCCACAUUCAUGGACCCCGGCAUCUUCCCGAGAGCCGAGGAGGACGAGGACAAAGAGGAUGACUUCCGUGCUCCCCUCUACAAGACCGUGGAGAUCAGAGGGAUCCAGGUCAGGAUGAAGUGGUGUUCAACCUGCCGCUUUUACCGGCCACCGCGGUGCUCCCAUUGCUCCGUCUGUGACAACUGUGUCGAGGACUUCGACCACCACUGUCCGUGGGUGAACAACUGCAUCGGCAGGAGGAACUACCGCUACUUCUUCCUCUUCCUCCUGUCCCUGACAGCUCACAUCAUGGCUGUGUUUGGCUUUGGCCUGCUCUUUAUCCUCUACCAUCGCCAGAACAUCGACCGCCUGCACGCCAUCGUCACGCUGGCUGUAAUGUGUGUCGCAGGCCUGUUCUUCAUCCCUGUUGCUGGCCUCACUGGUUUCCACAUUGUGCUUGUGGCCAGAGGCAGGACUACCAAUGAACAGGUGACAGGGAAGUUCAGAGGAGGUGUUAACCCCUUCACCAAUGGCUGUUGGAAGAAUGUCUCUCAUGUCCUCUGCAGCUCACUAGCACCCAGGUAUCUGGGCAGAAAGAAGUGUGUGCAGAGUGUGUGUGUGCAGCCUCCGUUUCUGCGGCCACAGCUGACGGAGGCCCAGCUGGCUGCAAAGAUCCUGGACAACGGCAUUCAGGGAGAACUGCACAGGUCCAAGUCCAGUCUGGAGAUGAUGGAGAGCCAGUCAUGUGACGCUGAGCCUCCUCCCCCUCCUAAACCAGAGCUCCGCUACCCUGGGAUCUCCAGAGGAAACACGGAGGAGUGCAGUCUACUGAACAAAGCCCCUCCCACCCCCACCAUGUACAAAUACAGGCCCACCUACAGCCCUGGCAAGAACCACACAGCGCUCACACAUGCUUAUGCCAACCAGUUAAGUCGAGGGGAGAGUGUCGGCAGUGCCAGGGACUCCUCCUCCUCCACCUCCUCCCUCCUCCAGGCCAGCCAGCAGCCCGGUUUCCGCUCGCAGCCCAGCCUGGAUAGGAGGGACACGUCAGCUGACAGAGGAGGGGGGGAGAGGAGGGAGGGAGGAAGAGAGGCGGGAGGAGGGGGCAUCCCCGGCUACUCGCUUGGCGGACGCUCGUAUCCCUCCUUCUCCGACCCCACCGUCCUAUCGGGAGUGGCGUCGCGAUCUUCCAGCUCCACGCACACCUCAGCGGGCGCCGCCCAAGUCUCCGAGGCUACCACCACCUCGACCAGCUUCAAGAGCUUAGCCAAUCAGACGCCCCCGCCUCAUCACCCGUCCCGCAACGGGAGCCUGUCGUACGACAGCUUACUGGCAGGCGGUGACGAUUUCGACAAAGGAGUGGUGGCGGGUUCGGCGGCCCCUGAGGUUUCCUCUGGGAGACCCUGCACGCCGGCAGCAGGCGGCUACAGCUCCCCCUUUCUGUUGUCACAACAGAGAAUUGCUGAGAUGCACUCCCAGUCCUCCCAGUCCUCCCAGUCGCCCCUUCACCACCACCGCUCCUCCCACCACCACCACCACCACCACCACCCCCACCCCUUCCUCCAUCGCUCCUCUUCCUCCACAUCCUCCUCCCCGCCGCCUCCUCCAGAGAGGGAGCGACUGCUGGGCGAGCCCCACGCCGGCGUUCUCCCCCCGCCUGCCAAUCAGGCCUCGGUCCCCCCCCCCUCCUCGGCCCCGCCUCCCCCACACCAUCACCACCACCACCACCACCACCACUCCCAUCACCACCACCACUCCUCCUCCUCUUCCUCUACUUCCCGCCCUCCCCGCUUCGCUGCCCCUCACGCACCACCCCACCACGCUUAUCCCUUCCGCACCCGCUCCACUGACACCCCUCUGGGCUCCUCCUCCACGACCCACCCACCCCGCUCCCCGCACCCUCCACCUCUGGGAAAGUCGCUCUCUUAUUCGAGCGCCGCCGCCGCUGAAAUGCAGUAUCGGCUGGUCCGAAAGGCGUCUGCGUCAGCUGGAGCGAACGCGGCGGGGGUAGGAGGAGGAGGAGAAAGUGGAGGAAUGGGAGGAGGAGGAGGAGGAAUACAAGCGCCGAAGGAUGAGCUGAUCCAGAUGAAACCUCUCGGUCGGACCAAUGGCGGCAAGCCCUUCUCCUCCACCUCCUCCUCCUGCUCCGCCCCUUCCUCUCCCUCUCACCCAGUCAGCGUGUCCGCCCGCCCCGGAGCGGCCUAUCCUAACUCGCCGUUGAUGCAGAGUCCCGCCCAUAAGCCCCAGGGUGGCGCGGUAAAGAAGGUGACUGGCGUCGGAGGCACGACCUACGAGAUUUCUGUGUGA